AUGAUGAUGAUAAUUAAAAACUUUAGAAAAUUCGAUAUCUUUGGUUAACAAAUCAGACUAAAGGCAUCAGGCUCGUCUCUUUUUUAAACUCAGAUUGGAGCCUUUAUGACUUUAUUAUUAUUUAGCAUCCUUAUUUUUUCAGGUAGUUUAUUUAUUCUUGAAAUGAAUAAAGGAAAAAAUGCAAUACUUAACUCUUAAGAUGCUGUCAUUCAAAAUAAUGAAGUAAUUCUUGUUUAUAAAAUGAUUUAGGGAUUCAGCUUCAAUUCAACUGAUCUUAUUUUUUCGGCUGGUAUACUUGAUAAUCUUGGUCAACCUAUUCCAAAUAUGGACAACAGAAUAUUUAAGAUAAGCUUUUACAUCUGCAAUAAAUCAUUGAAUGAAACAGAAUGUAUUCCCAUUUCAGGAACAAUUUGUGGUGAAAGAAUUCGUGCAGCUUCGAAAGUAAUAAAUAAAUAAUCUUUUACUUAGAAAUUAAAUAUACCAGAGGCAUAUGAAAACAUCACAUAUUGUAUGAGUGAUGAGUACAUCAAAGAGAAUCCUUAAAUAAGAAUUUAAGGAUCAAAUCGUUAUGAUAAUUUUACUUUUUUUGGAGCACUAAUUGAAAGAUGUUCAAAUGACACAGAUAUAUCUAGUAUCAUUUUUUAAUAAUUUAGAUUGUGCAUCUAAUGAAGAAAUCGAUAAAUAUACAGCAAAUUCCAACCUUUAUUACUCCUAUUCCUUCCAUCAAUUUAAUAAGGAAUCAGAUGCUUCACCAUAUUAGCAAACUGAAAAUAUUGAUCUAACUUCACUUUAUUACAAAGUUGGUAAAUACAUUAAAAUUUAUUAUCAAUACUCUUAAAGUUUUCUUGAAUACAAUCCCUUCUAUUUUUUUCCUAGGUAGGUUUAUCAUUAAGGGGUUGAAUACUAAAAAACAGUCAUUGACAGUGUGCUUUAUUUCUAAGAUCUCAAUACAUUGGCUAGAAUUGAAGUUCAUUUGGAUGCUAAGAAAAAGGUUUGCUAUAUCACAUAUUAAACUUUAAUGGAUGUAGUUGCUAAAUUAGGGGGGCUAUUUACAAUUAUAAAGGCUUUAUUAGAUUUUUUGCUUCUACCAAUUUAGUCCACUCUAUAUAAACUUUUUUUAAUAAGAUUUAUAAUAAAAAAUUAGAACAAGGGAUAUAGUCAAGAUUUUCUAUUGAAAGAUUCUAAGUUGAAAGAUAUUUGUAUUAAAAAACUAAUAACUUCUUCGACUUCUAGGCAAUAUUUUUAUAAAUAAUCUAAUUUAAUUGAUAAAUAUUUGGAUGUCAGAUAAAUAUUAAUAAAUCCCCUAAAAUUUACAUAACAAAUAGAGGCGUUACAGGAUUCUAUUAAUAAAAUUGAUUUGUUAACUUCCAGAUAAAUUAAGCUUGUAAGUAAGCAGGAAGUUGAUGAAUUGUUAUUGUAAAAAAAUAAUGAGGAAUGUAUAAACUGUAAAUCUUUAAGCUUUGGAACUAUUAAUUCAGAACACUAGAGAGGAAAUUAAGAUUAGUACAUCAUUCCAAAAUUUCAAGUUUAAAUGCAUUGA